GCCCUGCCCGCGCCCGCGCCCGCGCCCGCGCUCGCGCCCGCCAGCGACGGCGAUCAGGAGUACGUGAGCCCCGACUGGGCCGGCGCGCCCGAGCCCGCCGCGCCGCCCGCCGAGAUCCCCUACGAGGAGCUGUGGGCGCACCAGGCGCCCGAGAGCGUCGCCGAGGCCCGCGCCCGGCGGUCGCCAGGGCCCGACCUCAUCUCCUUUGCGGCAGCCGGGCCACCGCGGCGCGAGCCCGAGGCGCCACCACCUCCCGUCCCUCCCAAAUCCGAGGCGGUGAAGGAGGAGUGCCGCCUGCUCAACGCCCCUCCAGUGCCUCCCCGGGGUGGUAGUGGUGGUGGCAUGCUCUCAGGCAGCCCCCCUGUGCCACCCCGCUUCCCCAAGCUGCAGCCUGUCCACUCUCCCAGCUCUAGCCUCUCCUACUACUCCUCUGGGCUUCAGGAUGGGGCAGGUUCCCGCAGUGGCAGUGGGUCCCCGUCACCAGACGCCUACUCCCUCUACUGCUAUCCCUGCACCUGGGGAGACUGUAAGGCAGUUGAGUCCUCUAGCCGCCCGCCGCCGGGACCCCUGCCCUCCACAACCACACAGCCCAGCCAGGCCUCUCGGGCCCUUGCAGAGACCCUGAGCGGUCGGGCCACUUCCCUCUUGGGGGCUGACACCCCAGUCAAGACCUACCAUGGCUGCCCGCCCCUGUUCAAGCCCUCCCACCCCCAGAAACGCUUUGCUCCCUUUGGGGCUCUGAACCCCUUCUCUGGGCCUGCCUACCCUUCUGGCUGUCCUGUGGCCUCCUCUUCUGGGCCCCCACCCUCCUCAGGUGCCCUGGCUACCUCUAGCCCCACACAUUCCCCAGGCCCGGCCUUGCAGGCCCAGGCCUGCUCAGCUGCUCCACCCUCCUCUCCAUUGUCCUCUGAGUGGCAGGAGCCAGCACUGGAACCCUUGGACCCCUCUGAGCUGGGGCAGGCCAGUUCUCCUGAACCAGAGCUGCUGCGCUGUCAGGAGCCCAGAGCCAUGGGGGCGCCUGGGCCUGGACCCCACCUUUCACCACUUGGUCCCCCCAAGGCCUUUGAGCCCGAAGGUUUGGUGCUGAGGCAGGUCCCCACUCCUCUGUCACCAGCUGCCCUGCAGGGGCCUGAGGCAGGAGGAGGCCGAGUCUUUCUCACCCAAGGGCCUCCUGCUAGUCCCCGGGACACCUGCUCCUGGCAGCCCCCCGCGGACCUGUCUGCACUCUCCCUGGAGGAGGUCUCUCGCAGUCUGCGCUUCAUCGGGCUCUCAGAGGAUGUGGUGAGCUUCUUUGCCCGGGAGCGCAUAGAUGGCAGCAUCUUUGUGCAGCUCAGUGAGGACAUCCUGGCCGACGACUUCCACCUCACCAAGCUGCAGGUCAAGAAGAUCAUGCAGUUCAUCAAGGGCUGGCGGCCCAAGAUCUGAACCUCCCAGCCUGCAGCUGCCCAACUGGCACAGCCGCGGCGCCGCCUCAGAGGCCCCGGGGACCAUGGGUGGGUCUGCUGGGGGCAGCACUCUGAGAGUGGCAGGUCCUGCUUGUGGGAGGACCUGCUGAGACUGAGGCUCAGCAGCCACUCAGAUCCAGAGGAGACAAGCUGGGAAAUGUGGUCCUCCGGGCUUGGACCCUGCAGGGGGACGUCUUGCCUUCAAGCAGAACACCUGAGGAGGGGCUGGAGGCACGGCUGUGCACCUGGCCUGGUCAGGGGUUUGCUGCGAUUCCCACAGAGGGGUGGUGGUGUGUAUGUCUAAAGGUGUCCUUUGGGGUGGCAGAACACCUUCCUGUCUCACUGAAGCCCUUCACAGACACCCACAUUUCUCAACCCUGUAGGCUCAGGUUAGUGACAGGGAAGAUGGCCUGUGACUUACGCACAAAUUCCCCAAGUGCCCUCUCUUUUGUGCUCUGUGGGCUUUGGGCCUGCAGCUGCCCAGGGUCAGGGGUACUGUUCGUGUCAGAGGGAUACCCUUCCUUCCUUCUGCUCCCCCGUGAUUAGGUGCCUGGACCCUAGCACAGCUGAAUCGAUUGUAGACCCUUGUCACACAGCACCUUAGAGGAUCCACCUCUGGGCUCUGGUUGGUGGGUGGUGACUUAGGAAGCACAGCUUUUCUGUUGGCCUAGAGAGUUAGGAAGGCGGGGGCUCCCCAGCGUCACCAGGGCCUAGCUUCUGCUCAGACUUUGUCACAUCUAGCCAUCUGACCUGUCCAGUGGGGUGCAGUCUCCGAAGAUAGGGAGAGCAGGUAGAUUUAGGUCACCUGCUCCUUAUUCUAGAAGCAAACAGUGGUCAGUCGCCCUCGCCGAGCCAGUCUCCUGGCCUCAGCAUUUGGCUGUGAUGGACAUUUGAUGGCCUUGGAUUCUGGCACUGGCACAGGAGGACGCAGGUGGGAGACGGGAGGGAAAACCACCUUUGGAUCCUGAGCGCAGUCCUGCAAAGUUCCUUGUUUCAGAGCAGAUCUGUGUGUCCUUCAGUCCUGAACACGGCAUCCUGGGUGGCACCCGGAGCUCUGGUCAUUGUGUAUAAGCCCCACCCCACCAAUCUUCCCCAAGGCCCCAAACUAGAGCCACACCACCUCUCAUGCCCACCGGUGUAGGGCCCAGAGGUGGCAGCCUUCUCUUUUGCCUUACCUGGUCUGCCUAGAUAUUUAUUUCCCGUGGUUUUCUUAUGAGUUGCUAAGCCUUGCUUGU